GGGCACAGAUUUUUUCCUGUGGUGAUUUAUAGCUACCAAUAACCUUCCACAGCGGUUGCCUUAUCAACUUAUUAUUCUGGAAUCUUCUGCUCUUGUUAGUAAACAGAAGAGAACUAUUAAACGCAGAGCUAAGUAUUCCUAAUCUCAAGAGAGAGACUUUGUACAGUAUGUUCUGUACAAAACUGAAAGACUUGAAGAUCACAGGAGAAUGUCCUUUUUCCUUACUGACUCAAGGUCACAUUACUGAGGAACAUGACAAGGACUGCACAGAAAACAGCUCUAGAGCAGCUUUGCCCAUCUGCAAAGAAGUCCAUGAAAAAGAUGGUCAAGGAAACCUUCCACAAAGGAAAACGAGCAGAAGUAGAGUGUACCUGCACACACUAACUGAAAGCAUCUGCAAACUAAUCUUUCCUGAGUUUGAAAGGCUAAAUCUUGCCCUGCAGAGAACACUUGCGAAACACAGAAUAAAAGAAACCAGAAAAACUGGUGAUAGAGAAGAUUUUGAAAAAAUAAUCAGUGAUCAUGCUAAUGCAGCAGGUGUUCCCGUGGAGUCUCUACGGGAGUCUCUUGGUGAAGAGCUAUUCAAAAUAUGCUAUGAAGAGGAUGAACACAUAUUGGGGGUUAUUGGUGGCACUCUUAAGGACUUCUUGAAUAGUUUCACUACUCUGCUGAAACAGAGUGGCCAUAGCCAAGAAGCAGGAAAAAAAGACAGACUUGAAGAUGCCUCCAUAUUAUGCCUGGAGAAAGAUCAGGACUUCUUAAACGUUUAUUAUUUCUUUCCUAAGAAAAUCACAAGUCUUAUUCUACCUGGUAUCAUUAAAGCAGCAGCUCACAUUUUGUAUGAAACUGAGGUUGAAGUGAUGCUCAUGCCUCCUUGUUUCCCUAAUGACUGCACUGAGUUUGCUAAUCAGCCUUAUUUACUGUAUUCUAUACAAGUCAAAAGUGCAAAACCUUCCUUAUCUCCAUGUAAACCACAGUCCUCACUUGUGAUUCCUGCCUCUGUGUUCUGUAAGACUUUCCCAUUUCAUUUUAUGUUUGACAAGGAUAUGUCAGUUCUUCAAAUUGGAAAUGGGAUAAGAAGACUUUUGACAAGGAGAGAAUUUCAAGCUAAGCCCAGUUUUGAAGAGUAUUUUGAAAUUCUUACCCCCAAAGUAAGCUGCACUUUUAGUGGAAUAAUGACAAUGUUAAAUAUGCAGUUUACUGUACGAGUUAGAAGAUGGGAUAAUACUGAUAUGAAACCGUCCAUGGUAAUGGAUCUUAAAGGCCAAAUGAUCUAUAUUUUUGAAUCCAGUGCCAUUCUAUUCUUGGGAUCUCCCUGUGUGGACAGACUAGAAGAUUUUACAGGACGUGGAUUAUACCUCUCUGAUAUUCCCAUUCACAAUGCUUUAAGAGAUGUUGUUCUGAUAGGAGAGCAGGCCAGAGCCCAGGAUGGACUGAAGAAGAGAUUAGGAAAGCUAAAAGCAACCCUUGAGCAGGCCCAUCAAGCACUUGAAGAAGAGAAGAAGAAGACUGUAGAUCUUCUGUUUUCAAUUUUUCCUGGAGAGGUUGCUCAGCAGCUGUGGCAGGGACAAGUUGUACAAGCCAAGAAAUUUAAUAAUGUCACAAUGCUUUUUUCUGACAUUGUUGGAUUUACUGCCAUCUGUUCCCAAUGCUCACCUAUGCAGGUUAUCACCAUGCUUAAUGAGCUUUAUACUCGCUUUGAUUACCAAUGUGGAGAGCUAGAUGUCUACAAGGUUGAGACUAUUGGAGAUGCCUACUGUGUUGCUGGAGGCUUACACAAAGAAAGUGAAACACAUGCUGUUCAAAUAGCACUGAUGGCCCUGAAGAUGAUGGAACUGUCCGACGAGGUGGUGUCUCCCCAUGGAGAGCCCAUCAAGAUGCGUAUUGGCCUUCAUUCUGGAUCUGUCUUUGCUGGAGUUGUUGGGGUUAAAAUGCCUCGUUAUUGCCUUUUUGGAAAUAAUGUAACCCUUGCCAAUAAGUUUGAAUCUUGCAGUAUACCUAGAAAAAUAAAUGUCAGCCCAACAACCUACAGGUUGUUAAAGGAAUAUCCAGGUUUUGUGUUCACACCACGCUCAAGAGAGGAGCUUCCUCCAAAUUUUCCACGUGAUAUCCCUGGAAUUUGCUAUUUUCUGGAUGCUUAUAUUCAAGGAACAAGCUCACAGACUUGGUUUCAAAAGAGAGAUUUGGGAGAUGGCAAUGCCAAUUUUUUUGGUGAGGAAACAGGAAUAGACUAAAUUGUACAUUCACAAAUGUAUAGAAUAAAUUUAUAAAUACUUGGAUUUUUUUUUUUAAUAAAUUGAAAAUUUUUAAAACUGUAUGAAACCUGAAAGCACUUUAGAUUGUUAACACCUGAAAGCCAGUAUUAAAAUUUCAGGAAGUAUGUCACUGACUACUUUUUAUUUUUCCUCUGCAUAAGGAACAUAGUCGCAAAAGUAGUGUUGUAAUGUCACUGUUGGAAAUGCUACUAUAAACUGUAUUUUCCCUAUGGUAAUUUGUAAGUGCUACAGUUCUCUCUAUAUUGAGAAUUCUAGAUGUAUUGUAUAUGCAGUGUGUCAGGAAAUGUGAUGUGCAAGUGAUGCAGCCACAUGCAGUGUUGUGAGCUGGUGCUUAUCAAUGACUAUGGAAAUGUUCUUUCUUAGAGAUUUCAAAAGAAAAUGUCCAUUAAAAUAUUGUCAUUGCCAUCACAUACUCCUUCCAGUCCAUUGUUUGGGCCCCAUCCUAGAAGGCUGCUGACCAUCUUCUCACACUGACUGGUCAAAGUAUGAAGGUGGUCAGCAUUUUCUGGAUCAGGCUGCUAAUUGUAGCUAAACACAUGCAUAGCAGAGUUGCUGCUUACUAUUUCAUGAACUUUAUUUUGUAUAUAAAAUGAAUAUAAAUUAAAACACUGUAUAAUCACAUACUAACAUCUCUGUAAUCAUCAAAAUAUUUUAGUUCAUAGGGCUAUAAAAGUACUUAAAAAUAGUAAUAUCCACUUGUUAUUAUGUAUUACAGCAAUAAAUGUAUUUUUUUGUUGUCAUUUAAAUUUGAAAUGUUUUAACAGAAGUGUAAUAAAAUAUGCUUUGAAAUGUUUGCUUAGAAAUGAAAUUCCAGUCAGACUGUUUGAAAUGGAAGGACCAGUUUAAACGUCUUAUUCCAGGAUGCAACGUGGAUGUGAUGAGCUAUGGAAAUGCCCAUUGUAUGCUCGUUCUAAAGUUCCCAGAGGAAUUUUCAGGUGAACAGAGAUGCUUUUAAACACAUGAACAUAUUUACAAAGAUAAUACUACCACCGUACAAACUUUUCUGUUGUAGCUGAUGGAAUAUGAGUGGAGAAUUCAAAGGCUUUGCCUCUGGAAAUGGCAGAAUAGAGUUAAUUAAGAGUUAGAAUUCUGCCUCUCUUAACUAGCAGAUCCAUCUGCCCAGAAAUUCCUCUGUGCUAUACAGUUUGAUCCCAACUGCAGGCUGGAGAACUGCACAGCUUAUACACUUAAUACUACUCCCAGUAGUACCAGGUAUUAUUAGUUAUUAUUCUAGCCUCUUCAGCUCCUGGGAUUUGGCAUAUCAAGCCAUAAAAGUCUCUUCAAACCACUUGCUACUAAAUCACAUUUUGCUCUCUUAAUAUUUACAGGGAGCAAUUACAUUAGACUAAGGUGCUAUUCAUUUUCUGAUCUUACAUUCUGAAGCUCAAUGGUACAUUCUGAAGCUCAAUAAACUAUUUUAUCCUACUAGUUUCUGGUAGAAACUCAAACAUGUACCAUCAGCAUCUUGAGAAAAGAUCUUAGAAGAUACUAGAAUUAAGAACAGCUUAAAGCCAUAUUUUAAUUCAGAUUUCUGUAAGGAGCAAAACUUGAACUAUUGAAUCCUUCUUGGGGUCUACUGUGUCCAUCAGAGAUGCUUAGAAAUUGUUCUCUGGCACAAAAAUGGAACCAGAAAGUCUGUGUAUUAUAAAAAAAAAAAUACACAUCUGUCUUGCACACACCAGAUAUAUAUAUAUAUAUACGCACACAUAUAUACACAUAUAUAUACAAGCACAUAUAUUUGUAACACUUUAGACUGCAGUGUUUCAAGGAAACAAGAACUAUCCAAAUCUUGGAGACUGAUCUUUCCAAUAUUAUAUUGGUCAGACAAUUCUAUUGAGAGAAGUACCGAGGUUACUAGCAGUCCCAUGUGGGCACCCCUGGAUAUAAAAAUGGGGGAGUAUUUGACUCGUCACAGUUCAGUAGGCUUAUGUUAUUAAACCAGAAAUGACUGAGGUCAGUAUGACUCUAUCCAUCCCUGUUAAUAAAUAAAUAGGCUUUUAAAUAAAAAGGAUUUUCUUUCUCAGAUCUACCAAAUAGGCAAAUCUACCAAAUGGGAAGUACAUUUAGGAGUGAAUUUCCUUUUGUCCCUAGAAGACAACUAUUGCUGGACUGGGUGAUGGCCAUUCUCAAAGCCAAAUAUCAUAUAAAUCUGUCAUUAGAUAGGAUGUUAUUCAUAGCAGUUCUUGAUACCCUCCCUAGUGGUGACAACCUUCCAGGAAGAAUUCUGAUAAGGUGCUUUAAUGUACACAGAAAGCAACAUGCUUGAGUCUUAGUGAAGUAAAUAGGAUUUAGACACAUAUUUACGACAAUGAUUCAUGGAAGUGUUUUAAAAUGUACUUGUGUUUGGACCUGUUCUACAAAAACCCCUGUAAGUCCAUUUAACUUUAAACUUAAUUUAAGAAUUUAGGUCUCACUGAAGCUGUUCCUCUGUUUAAAUUAUUUUGCUGAAUAAAUAUAUAUUUAAUAAGAGAUAAAUAUUUUAAUUUAUAUUUUCACUUAGAUCUAAAAUAUUCCUUUCACCUUUUAACUCAUCAUUCACAUAAAUUGAAAAAAAGGAAUCAGAAAGUUAAUAAGCAAAUUGUUGCCAUAAACAGAGGAAGGGAAUUUAACUGAUACAAUGCUGGGACAUUUUGGAAGAAAAUAAGAGUUGUUUUUAAGUUAAUCUCUUCUGUAGUAUAGUGUAUGAUAUUGUGGAAAUUUUCAGAGACUAUGCAAUGUUAUUCAUAUAAAUAUAAAAAUACCUUAGUAUUGUGUCCAGAAA